GCCUUCACUCCCUUCUCUCGCUUUCCUCACACGAGGGCUUGCUCAUGGUCUUCCGGUAUUGCCACUCUGACCCUCUCGCAAUCACUAUUUUCCUCAUCUUCCUUCCUCAUCAUGGCGUUUGCCUACACACCCUUCUCUCCUACCUCUCCUCCGGGGCUGACGCCAGACCAUGAAUUCUUUUCAUCUCCCACUACCCCUCAAUAUCCACAGCCCGGGCACUUCGACUGGCACAUCGACGGUGCAGUCGACAGCACCGACUUCAGUCACUUCCAGAACGGCGUCUUGUCCCCGGAAGAGACUGGGGGGUACGAAAAGUACCUGGCGCACCACCACAAUGAGCAGGCCUACGUCGAGUCGCAACCUAAGCAACAUGACCACGGGUUCUUUGCAUCACGCGCUGCGUUCCUGCGCUCGGGGCUGCCCCAGCUCGACACCACCUUGCUGGCGCCAGAGCUAUGGGUCGAGCAGCCAUGGUCUCCACAAACGCAUGCUGUCUCCGCACCACCCCAAAUGGAAGGAUGGAAUGCCAUACCUACUCCACACUCGCAGCACUUCCUCACGCCACCAAUCAAUGGACCGCUCUACGUCUUCCCAUCCCAGCUCUCUGCCUCUCCAACUUCGACUACGCGGUUCAAUUUCGACGACUGCUGGGCUCGGUCGCCGUUCAGCGAGACCGAAUUCCGCCAAGCAGACCUGCCAGCCAUGGACGCUCUGUCGCUGAGUCCGGUGUCGUUCGUCUCCCCUCAAACGAUCUUCUCGUCGUACCCAGGGUCCGCCAACGACUCGCCCACCACUUACGACGAGCCAGAGCACACGCCUCGCGUGAAGGGCGGCAAAUUUGCUCCUUCGCGCGAAGCUAGACUGGAUCGCUUCAUCAAGCGGAAGAAGAGACAGCGCGCGACGGCUGAUACCGCAAAGGCGACUUGUAAGGAAUGCGGGAGCCACUUCACAACAAACUACAAUCUCUCCCAGCACAAACAAAGGCAGCAUGGCAAGCCAAAGGACAAGCCUCACAUUUGCGCCUACGAUCCGUGCAAGGAAAGGUUCGAGCGGCGGAGCGAUCUGACUCGACACGUCAACUCCAAACACGAGAAAUUGGAGGAGCACCCUUGUCCGCUGUGCGAGAAGUUCUUCAAGCGCAAAGAUGGCAUGCUUGUACACUACACUCGGUCCUGCAUAGGUCGGCAGACUGUACCGAGCAGAGUCGCACGAACAUCCGGCAAGCAGUGAGACUAACAGACCGUGGCGGCUUACUUCGGCGAUUGGUUGACUCCCACCUUUGAGGUGCCUUGUACAUUAUCACUGGGUGGACAAUUGGGGCAUGGCGUUGUUAGGUGUCCGGAGCAUUUCGAUUUU